GUGGGGGAGCGCGGAGGCGUGCCGACUGCAUUGCAGCGGUCCGCUGGGAGUGUGCGCGAGCAUCCUCGCGGGACGGUCCUUCCCUAUCUCCGCCAUCCACCCUUCCGCCCUGCCUCGAAACCCCCUCGUCUGCACUCCCCCUAAGCCCGUGUGCGGGAUCCGCCUCCAUGGAGCCCAAGGACCCCGAGCUUCCCGAGCCGGAGGCCGGCAUCCUGUCGGAUCCUCGCGAGGCGCCCGCUGCUCUUUCGGGGACUGGUGUCCAGGGUCUCGCCGCGGGGGGCGAACCAGGCACCAUGAGCCAGGACACCGAGGUGGAUAUGAAGGAGGUGGAGCUGAACGAGCUGGAGCCCGAGAAGCAGCCGAUGAACGUGGCGUCUGAGGCGGCCGUGGCUGGCGGCGCAGAGAAGAACGGGCUGGUGAAGAUCAAGGUGGCCGAGGACGAGGCGGAGGCGGCUCCGGCGGCCAAGUUCACGGGCCUGUCCAAGGAGGAGCUGCUCAAGGUGGCCGGCAGCCCCGGCUGGGUGCGCACGCGCUGGGCGCUGCUGCUGCUCUUCUGGCUCGGCUGGCUCGGCAUGCUGGCCGGAGCGGUGGUCAUCAUCGUGCGGGCGCCGCGCUGCCGCGAGCUGCCGGCUCAGCACUGGUGGCACAGGGGCGCCCUCUACCGCGUCGGCGACCUGCAGGCCUUCCAGGCCCGCGACUCGGGCGACCUCGCGGGUCUGAAGGAUCGCCUUGACUACCUGAGCUCGCUGAAGGUGAAGGGCUUGGUGCUGGGCCCCAUUCACAAGAAUCAGAAGGAUGAUGUCGCGGGGACCGACCUGAAGGCCAUCGACCCGGCUCUGGGCUCCAGGGAAGAUUUUGACAGUUUGCUGCUGGCUGCCAACAAGAAAAGCAUCCAUGUCAUUCUGGAUCUCACCCCCAACUACCUGGGCGAGAACUCCUGGUUCCUCCCCACUCAGGUUGAUGUUGUGGCCGCCAAGAUGAAGGAAGCUCUGGACUUCUGGCUGCAGGCUGGCGUGUAUGGCUUCCAAGUUCGGGACGUGGAGAAUCUGACGAAUGCAGCCUCACACUUGGCCGAGUGGCAGAACAUGACUAAGAGCUUCAAGGAAGACAGGCUGCUACUUGUAGGAACUGGGUCCUCUGGCCUUCGUCCGACCCUGGACCUGCUCGAGUCCACCAAGGACCUUCUGCUGACCAGCUCGUACCUGGCAUCCUCCACUUUUACUGCUGAGCAUACGAAAUUGCUCAUUACCCAGUAUUUGAACGCCACGGACAGUCACUGGUGCAGCUGGAGCCUGUCACAGGCUGGGCUGCUGACUUCCUUUGUGCCGGCUCAACUCCUCCGACUCUACCAGCUGCUGCUCUUCACCCUACCCGGAACCCCUGUUUUCAGCUACGGGGAUGAGAUUGGUCUGCAGGCCACGCUUCCUGGACAGCCUGCCAAGGCCCCAGUCAUGCUGUGGGAUGAGUCCAGCCUGCCCAGCGCUUCUGUGGGGGCCAACAUGACGGUGAAGGGUCAGAACGAAGACCCUAGCUCGCUCCUGUCCCUCUUCCGGCGGCUGAGUGACCAGCGGGGCAAGGAGCGCUCCUUGCUGCACGGCGACUUCCACGUGCUCUCCACCGGCUACAGCCUCUUCUCCUACGUCCGCCACUGGGACCAGAACGAUCGGUUCCUGGUGGUGCUCAACUUUGGGGACGUGGGCUUGUCAGCCAGGCUGGGGGCCUCCAGCCUGCCUGCCAGCGCCAGUCUGCCAGCCGAGGCCAACCUGCUGCUCAGCACCCACCCAGGCCGCGAGGAGGGCACCUCCCUCGCACUGGAGCAGCUGCACCUAGAGCCUCACGAAGGGCUGCUUCUCCGCUUCCCCUACGUGGCCUGA